UUGUGUCGACGCCUCGAAUGAUCAUGCUGAUAUAAUGCCAGGUUGGCAAUGGCGGAUCUUCUAGCAAGCCUCGAAGCUUCAUUGACCAGAAAAGCUGGCGCCAGCGAGCGUCUGCGAGCCUUGCUCUCUCGAAUCGAUGAGUAUAUGAGUAGUCAACGCCAACAAGAGAUUUCCCUUCCGGUGGCAGAGACUCACCAAGAACAAAUCGAAUGGCCCGCUGGCACGCAAGUGGAUUUCAAUCAGGGCGAUAUGUCAUUGGACUCCCAAUUUUCUUUCCAAUUGCCACAGGAACUGUUGCUUGACUGGCCUUGGCCUCUCGAUCUGACCCAGGGUUUUGGGAACUUCCAAGGCACCUGACUGAACGAAUUCGCUAGAUAUUUACUCAACGAAUUCACUUUGACAUAAAUUUAUAUGGCCCAAGUCCAGAAAAUAAUUUAUGCUAUUCAAAGAGCGAUAUCCUCUGCUUUUCCCAUCUAUAUAAUGUCCACUUUAAUCUGUUGUGAGAACCACCAACACUCGAGCAGCUCCCUCUCCUACUCUUCAGAGUCUUCGUCUGACUAUCACGAUUUACCUCGUCCUAUCAGGACAAUGGCAAACAUUGGAGGAGCCAACGGUGUUGGUCAAGAUCCAUUAAAGGAUUUAACCGUUUUCCCCGAAGGCUGCAGCUCAAAAUCCGGAGGCUUGCUGUGCCCUCCCCAAAUACAUACCAUCUACCCGUUCUAUCGCAACGCAGAACUUUCCGAACCCACCGACGAGCAACUCUGCGACAUGGAAGUACUCACACCGGGCCGCGAACUCCAGUUCGUCACCACUACGCCAGCUUCCAGUUUGCUCCGAGCGUGCAAGACAUCUCGAGAAGUCAUCUUGAAGACUCAUUCUGGUUGCAUCGAGUCAGCACAUCGGAAGAUCCGCUUCAACGAAGAUCACGAUUUUAUCUUAAUGUACACACCUAAGAAGUGCUGUUGGGCUUUCCCAGGCAUAUACUCCCUUCCAGAAACGAUUCCCGACUUUCGCAAGAUCUUUGCGGAUGUGCAACACGUUGCGCUGACCGAAGAAUGUCUGGAAGGUUUUGCUGGAGCUCAAUUGCACCGUGGUCCUAAAAUUCCCAAACCCAGUGGAAGACCACGAAUGUAGCUCGUAUCUGAGUUUCCUUCUCUACAAAUUUUCUACAUGGUUCGGACUAAUACAGAAG